GAAAGAUGGCGGCGGAGAUUUUGUACACAAUCCACUUUUAUGUCUUAUUUUUGCUUUUAACGGUUCGGAUUUCUUCUAGUUUUAUCGGCAAUGGUGAUAACUACCGACGGAAUGUAUCCCUGGAACUGAACCCUGAUCUGAACUCCUUGCUGACACCGCUGCCCCCUGGUGUUGGCUUGGUCCAUGUGCGGGCGCUGGGCAAAAACACAACACUGCAUUACCUCCUCUGCAACCAGGGGGCGCAAGCAUUACUACUGGUGCACACGAGCUCCACUUCAUCCAAGGUGGAGGUAGACUGGCCUGCCUUCCUGUUCUCAGCCUUUGAUUCUGAGGGGCGGGACCAAGGCUGGCCCAGCCUCCUCCACAACGCUAACUCCUCCCAGCUGAGGGUGGGGCUGGACGGCGUGGCCCCGAGGUCCAAUCGCUCCCGCUUCUCCCUAGAGCUACAGGCCGUGGGCGGCACCCAGCCCAUGGCCCUCCUGUAGCUCAGUUGGUAGAGCAUGGCGCUUGCAACGCAAGGGUUGUGGGUUCGUUUCCCACGGGGGC